UUAAACAUGGAUAGAGCAGCACUUGACCAGCAUCUGAAGCCCCUUCAGAUGCAAUUCGAUGAGUAUAGAGAGAAGACAGAUUCAGCUCAUCGUUCUAUAAUGUCUAUUCGUGGUGAAUUCAAUAUAAUAUCAGAGCAGGUAUUUGAGACUCAGAGGAAAAUAGAAGAGAUUCUUGGAACUCUUCAUAAAAUAGAUGAAAAAGCGGAUAAAGAUGACUUACAAAAGACCAACACUCGCUUUCAAGAUUUUGUUCCAUAUUACGAGUACAAAGAGAUAGUUGAAAGUCUUAAGGAGUUAGCCAAGCAAUCCGACCUCGAUCAAGCAUCUGUUGAUAUCCAACAUCUUGAAGAACAGGUAAAUUUUUUGUCACAAACCUUAAAGAUAAAAUUGAGGUACACAAAAGACGAGAUCAAGGAUAUAUUCAAAACCACGAGAGCAGAGAUAGAUGCCCAUCUCCAGAGCACUUACUGUCCAAUUAAUGUAUUUAAUAUGGAAAAUAAGAUGAAAUAAAGAUUCUAUCGAAUCUCUUUCAGAGUCUUCGAGCAAUUACAAGAGUGUGAUCUCUGAUUUUUCAAAUAAAUUAAGGUCUCUCGAACUCAAGAUUGCUAAUAAAGCCGAAAAAUAGUGAUGUUAAGGUUAAAACUGAUGCUUUAUGGAAAAAUUUUGAUAAUUGCUGCCAGUAUGAACACAUUGAAAGAGUCAAACUUAGGGUUGAACCUCUAGCAGAAACCUGUUCUAGACGAUUAGAGAGAUUUACUCGAGAUAAUCAAGAGAUGAAGAAUAUUAUAAACAGAUUUGAUGAGAUCUUACUUGAAAAAGCUUCUAAAUUUUCAGUUGAUAAAUUAGUUGAAAAAAUUAGAGAUUAUGCUACAGAGACCAGCUUGGAAGAGAUGACCAACAAUGUUGGCCAGCUUAAGCUAGAUUUUGAGCAGAAAAUGGAGCAUUUACAGGAGAGUAUUGAUCACAAGCAAUCAGAGAUCGCUCAAGACCUUGAAAGUAAGCUAGAGCAUGGUCAGAAUAUUAUUAAAUAAGCAAGUUAUUGAACAUCUUGGGGAAACCCCACUCACAAUCGAAGAAAUUAGAGAAUUAUUGUCUACAAAAGCUGAUAAGGCAGAUCUUGGAAUCCUUGAUAAAACCAAGACUGAUAAGUACGAAACAGACAAUUUCAAAGAAGUUGUGAAAUCUCUGACUAUAAAGAAUGAUCAUAUCUUGACUUUGCUCAUCGAAGGGUUCAAAAUUGACAUUGAUUCAAAGUUAGCUCCUGAGCAUAAUCUCAUUAACAAGAAAGCAACUGUCCUUUCUCAGCUAAUAGGACUCUAUAACUGGAGCAGGAAGAAAGAUACCGAUCUUUUAGAACUAGAUAUUCCUGGUCCAAUCGGUCCGAAGUCUGCAAAAAGAAAUUUGAAUUUAAAACUUAAAAAGAACAAAUUUAGCUUCUGUGCUAAAAGAGAGUCAUGUCCUCACAACCCAUAUAGUUCAGAAAACUUUGAUGAUGCUGCUAAUUUAUCAAAAUUUGGCCACAAGAUCUUUCCAAGGCAGGCAUCGAAUCUAUUGCAAAAAUAGCAAGAACUUAGGCAAAUCACGGAUCGGUUCGUUCAAGGCUCUCAGAUGUCGGACCUCUCACAACUCUCGGAGCUACUCAAGAGUGUCCUCUAGAGAGAGGCAUUUGAGAAGACAUCAGAGACUUUCUGAUCCUGGUGUUCAAAAACCUACUAUCCAGGUUCAGGAGAGUGUAAAAUCUCUGAAGGAGAACGCCUAAUUCAGAGUUCAUGUUAUUAAAGUCUCUUUAAAGGAAAGACUGAGAGCUUAGAACGACAUGGAAAGAGGCUCUUGAGGUUUGGAAAAUUGUUAAAAUUUUGGAAU